AUGUCUGCGCCCAGUAACGAUGGUCAGGUGGUGGUUUCCUGUGAAGAUUUUAUGUUAUUUCAGAACUCGUUGAAGAAAUGGCGGCUAAUUGAUGAUCGACUCAUUUAUGCUCUCAAUACAUCUCUACCAACCAAAUCAUUUUCUUCCCAAGUGAACCCAACUGAACAGUGUGAGCACUUGUAUCAAAAGCUUACUAAAAGGUACAGUGAUAGAGAGAAGAGUAUCAAGACCUGCAUCACUCAAGUUUCAGCAAAUGUGAAAAAACUGCAGGAGAAAAAAACAAAGCAACCUGAUAACUCAGAUCUUAUUCGACUCCUUAGCACAGAACAGAGAAAGUUACGAUUAAUGCAGUCUGAAAUGAAUGUAGAGGAAGUUCUAAGAGAUAACAGCCUAAAAAUAUUUUACGAACGAUGUCGUGACUACUACACUCCCUCGUCGGCUCCCAUUGUCUGACGUCACAGAUUAACAUAUAGCGUGUAAAAACUCUCUUAACUUGUGAUAAUGCACCAGUUAAUCAAGACGUGUGAUGGAUGUGUGUGUGCAUGCCAUAUGUAGUGUAGAAAUGUAAAUCUCACACGGAAUAUAAUUCUACUAAUUCUGCUGGGUUUGUGAGUGUUUAACACCCAGCCAGUGACCAGAUACUAACUUUUCUUUAUGCCAUCAACACAGACAAACAAGCUCAAUAAAGUGGUAAUAAGUGUAAGUCUGCCUGUUCUUUGAGAAAUAAUCUUUUUUAAAUUUAUUUUAUUAACUAUUGUAUUUUUAAUCGGACCAAGUACCAACAGCGAUAUAUGAUUUGAAGUCAGGGAUGAGGUGCUUUACACCAAUUAAACAAAUAUUUAGAUGAUAAAAAAAACUCAGGUAAUUAAAUGUGGCUCAUAAUUUAAGUCACAGCCAGCUACAUAUUGUAAUAUCGUCAUUUUAAUGGCUUAGUACUUUCUAACUUGUGGAUGUGAUUUCCCCACCAAGAAAAAUGACACCACUGUAUGGUUUGAUGUAAGAAUUCAUGUUCAUGGACUAAAAAAAAAAAUUUUGUUCUAAAUUCAUCGUUUUUAUUUCUACAAUCUGAUGGCACUAAUUACUUAUCUCCCCUUGUUCUAACAAAUAUGCUGCAUAAUCACAAGAGUUAAUUUUUGUCAUGUGCCAUUAUUAAUUAAUAUUUUCUCACGGUACAUGUUCUUAGCAUAUUUUUAUGAUCUAUUUGUGUUUGAAGAUGUACUGUUCUACUGCCAUCCUUCCGUCUAAUCUGUGCAAGUUUUCUAAUCCAAUGCCUUCAUCAUGUACUUGUCCUUGUAUCAAGGAAUUUACAGAUUUUAUAUUAAAUGUAUUUUUAGAUGUACGCUCAA